AUGCAAGUGCAGCACGGGCGCAUUGCGGAGACGGGGCAGAUGAGCUUGGAUUCUCUGCUGGGGCAGGCUCAAGGCAUCGUGCUUGCCAUGCGGGAAGUCGCUCCUGAGGCGUUCUCAACCUCGCCCGAGGUUGCUUUCGCCAUCGUGUUUGCCUUCCUCCACUGCUGUGCGAAUGGCAAGCACGUGCUCCGAGGAGUACGGCACCAUAUGUUUGAGCAUUGCGCUGGAGUGAGGCGCAAAGAGGAGACUGUUUUUGAUGCCCACAAGGCUCGCGUGGACAAGGCCGUGGAGCAUCAAAUCGAAAAGAAUUUCAGCAUGGCGAGCAGCCUCACUCCCCACUGUGUACCCUUCAUUGUUCCAUUGCUCCUUACGAGGCAGGACACGAAGGUGUUUCUCUUGCAAGCAUUCCUUGCGUACGUGGUACAGAGCUGCCAAAACCUCAAGCUUAUCACGAUGUCGGCCCGUCGCAUACGCCUUUUCGCGCAAUUGUUUUACUUCAACUGGAUGCUGUAUGGUUGGGAGAGGCGCUUUGCAGAUGGCCCCGAGGCUUCCAUGAUGCUUUCCGCAAUGACCUUCUGCCGGAUUUUUCUGGUAGUGCUCCAAAUCGAGAGCAGCCUUCACAUCCCCGGUCAGACUGCGAUCACUGCUUCCCUGGUCCUGUCCAAGUUGCACGCAUGCGGCUGCACCUCGAGUGUUGCCUUUUUAGCCCUGUCCGAGGGCUUCACUUUGGUCAUGGUCAUCGGUCUAUCCAUCAUCUUGGAGUCGAGCCUGAGAGGUCAUUUUGCGGCACAGCUGAGGUCGACGGAUGCUGAGGCGAUGGUAUCCGGGUUCCGACGGAUGCUGCGUGGCAUUUGUGAUGGUGAAGUCUUGCUGGAUGGCAGCCUUUGCAUCAAAGGCCACAACACUUGCUUGCAGAGGAUCAUGUCGAGGCCAGUCGAGGCCAACACCCACUUCCCGGAUCUUUUGGUGGACUCCAAAGAGGAGCAUCGACGCCUCCAUGACUUCAUCAAGACCUCCUCGAAUGUUGGGGAGGACACAGCUGGCACUCCACCCUGUCUGCGGGUCUCCCUGCAAGGUAGUGCCCAAGUCAGCGUGGGUGUGGAUCUUUUCCACGUCCCUCUUGCCAAUCUCUACGGCUCUGAGAGCACUUAUCACCUUCUGGCCAUGAGGCAGGACACCGAGCCUGAACCAAUCCCUGAUGCACGUCCUUCCGACAUCCCGCGCCAGCUUAUUCGCAAGCCCGAGUUUUAG